GACGCCUUGUAUAGUAUGGAUGAGUUGGACUGCGGUUGACUAUUCGUACUGUACGGCGGGUUGUUGACGUGUCCGGGUAGGUCCGGGGCGUGACAUUUGUUCUACGCCAGCAGACCAGAAGAGGCGUUAAAAAGGCAAGAAAUCUAGGGGAUGCAUUAAGAGGCUACAUUCAUCCGGUAGAACUGAUUGUGCAAGGAUACCUCACAAAAUGAAAAAGGAGAGUCUUACCGGGGACGUCAAUAGAACUGAACUAUAUUUGGUCACACAUGCUAGAAAGGUUGGUUCUACUUCCAUGAGCACAAGCGAAGGCUUGGACCAAAUAAGAUAGCUUGUAGCUGAUAAUCCAUACUUGGGACAAAAAGAUUUGGAUCAUGAUGCCGUUGCGAUGGUAUGUGGGAUUGAUGGAAAGGGUUAUGUGCGUGGUAUGGGUGGAGGUGUUACAAAGACUGAGAUACGUGCUUCAGGUCCUUCUAGAGAAAUUGCUCGCAAAGAAAAGCAACAACACGAAAUGGUUAGCAAUGAAAUACAAAUACUUAGAGAAGAAGUAGCCACAUUGAAGCAACUGGUACAAACUAACACAACCAGAUCUUCUGAGCAGUCUCAAGAGUUCUGUAAUACUACUCGGGGAGGUGAAUCUGGCCUCACUACAAAGUCUACAAGGGCAUGUUUUUUAAAAAAACUUAAGGAAAAAGGUCAUUCCUUAUGGACGCCAUAAUGAGGAAGCUCCACCAAAUGAAGAAGUUUAUAGUAUCAUUAUUGAUGAAAUAUUUGAUGGUACUGGUUCCUAUAUGACAGAGAUGAAAGGUUUGAAGACAUAUUGAUCGGUGAGCUCAUCAAUUGGCCAAAAGCAAAUGUCCACUUUACGAGGAUCAAUUAAUGUCUUUUUGUGCUACUUUUGCUCAUGUUUAGUUAGCUUGUUCCGAGACUACUUCAAUAUUAGUUCAAAAGUUAAUUUGGAUCAUGUGGUUAGUUGAACUUGAUGAUCAAAGGAUUUUAG